AUGAAGUCCCCGGGCAGCGACCGCACUGACAGCAGCCUCACCUCCGAGCACGACGAGUGGGACGGGAAGUCCACCGGCGGAGAGGAGGAGCCGGCGGCGGCCAGGCGGAGGAAAAGGCGCAGACGCGGCAGAGAGGCGCGCCUGGCGGGCGGCAACAAGCAGCGGCAAGCAGCCAACGCGCGGGAGCGGGACAGGACGCAGGGCGUGAACACGGCCUUCACGACGCUGCGCACUCUCAUCCCCACCGAGCCCGCCGACAGGAAGCUCUCCAAGGUGGAGACGCUGCGUCUGGCCUGCAGCUACAUCUCCCACCUGGCCAACGUCUUGCUGCUGGAGGCGGAGGAGGAGGAGGAGGAGGAGGGGAGCCGUGACAGGCAGCCGUGCCUUCGCCAUCACGCCAUCGUGCACAGCUCCGCGCAGCCGCCGCGGCCCAUCUGCACCUUCUGCCUGAGCAACCAGAGGAAACAAGUGAGUGACCUUUGA